AUGUUUGAUAUUACACCUUUAAUUCUCUCCUUGAGUUUUUCGGUGUCUCUAAGGUUUUCGCUAUACACGUGGUCCUUUCUCAUACCCUAUGACCAGAAGUCACAGGCCGUAAUUGGCCCACAUUCCUUUAAAACUCCAACGGUGACUGUAAAUGCUUACUUACAAAUACUGCAAGAGUUUGCCAUUGAUAACAUACUUCUACAAAUCAGACGAGCGGGUUAUUUCCAACAGGGUAGUGUACCGCCUUAUUUUGGCCCUGCUGUUCACGUUUGUCUCGAUCAAAUUUUCCCAAAUUGUUGGAUAGGUCGUGGUGGACCGUUGGCAGGGCCAACACACUCCCCUGAUAUGACACCCUCUGACUUCUGGUUACGAGAAUCCUAUUCUUUUUUUCUUUCUUUCUUUCUUUCUACUUACCAGCAUUUCUUUCAUUUUCUUUCUUUAUUCUUUCUUUUUUAUUACCUUCUUUAUUAUAACGAAUAUCUCCUUUCUUUCUCUCUACCCGUAAUCCAUUUCUUUCAUUUUCUUUCUUUCUUUCUUUCUUUCUUUCUUUCUUUCUUUCUUUCUUUCUUUCUUUCUUUCUUUCUUUCUUUCUUAUUACCAACAAAUCCCUUAUUCAUUCUUUCUUUCAUUCACCAUCGUAUUUAUUUUAUUCUUUCUUUCUUUCUUUCUUUCUUAUUAUUAGUUUCUCCUUUUUCUUUCUUUCUUUCUUUCUUUUUUUCUUUCUUUCUUAUUAGAAAUUUAAAAAACAAAAAAAAAAGAAAUCCAGCUACCACCACCAAUGCAAACAGUUCAAUGACUCCAUUUGCCUUUUUUUCUUUUGUCGCCUCCAUAUUUUUUGCCGCCUCCAUAUUUUUUGCCGCCUCCAUAUUUUUUGCCGCCUCCAUAUUUUUUGCUCCAUGUUCGUAUUUCAUAUCUAUCUAUCUAUCUAUCUAUCUAUCUAUCUAUCUAUCUAUUAAAAUGUUUCAUCUCUUGAUCUAUAUAUCUAAUUUAUUUUUUAUCAAUCUACCUAUCUAUUAUAAUACUUUAUCUAUCGCUCCGUCUAUGUAUGUAAUUUAUUUUCUAUCUAUCUAUCUAUCUAUCUAUCUAUCUAUCUAUCUGUUAUAA